UGCGCUUGCGGUUACAAAGCAUUUUGGGCAAGACUUUCCCUUUUCCCCUGGGAGAGAAAAGAUAAGCCUCCCUUUCCGCUGGGAAAGGCAAGAUAGGUGUUCUAGCUCUUUCUGUGAGAAACAAGUUAUAUAAGUGAUCAGUGAAAAAACAUGUUUGUGCAGUUCACCUGUGGCACAACAAUAAUGUGGGUAAAUCAUGGUGGACGUUGUAUUUGAAUCCCGGGGUGUUUAGUCCAAACACGAUCAGAAUCAGUCCAUACCUCAAUCUCCUCAUAGGUAUGUCUGCUAGGUGGAGUUGGAGGUGCAGUAUAAUCCCGUUAUAAUGGACUCGCUUAUAACGGAAUAUCAUCUAUAACAGAUGAGGUCUGCUGGUCGUGCGCCUUUAAGAACCUCCAGAAAAAGCAUCGGAUAUAGCGGACUCACAUACAAUAGAAUUUCGCUUAUAACGGACAAACAGUUUGGUCCCGUUUGUCAUUUGCCGUGUGUCUGUGGCAGGAUACACGUGUGUGAGAGUGUCUGCGGCAGGGUACGUGUGUGUGAGAGUGCCUGUGACAGGGUACGUGUGCGUGAGAGUGUCUGUGGCAGAGUACGUGUGUUUGACAGUGUCUGUGGCAGGCUACAUGUGUAUGAGAGUGUCUAUGGCAGGGUACGUGUGUGUGAGAGUGUCUGUGGCAGAGUACGUGUGUUUCAGAGUGUCUGUGGCAGGGUACAUGUGUAUGAAAGUGUCUGUGGCAGGGUACGUGUGUUUGAGAGUGUCUGUGACAGGGAACAUGUGUGUGAGAGUGUCUGCGGCAGAGUACGUGUGUUUGAGAGUGUCUGUGACAGGGUACAUGUGUGUGAGAGUGUCUGCGGCAGAGUACGUGUGUUUGAGAGUGUCUGUGACAGGGUACAUGUGUGUGAGAGUGUCUGCGGCAGAGUAUGUGUGUUUCAGAGUGUCUGUGGCAGGGUACAUGUGUAUGAGAGUGUCUGUGGCAGGGUACGUGUGUUUGAGAGUGUCUGUGACAGGGUACAUGUGUGUGAGAGUGUCUGUGACAGGGUACGUGUGUUUCAGAGUGUCUGUGGCAGGGUACAUGUGUAUGAGAGUGUCUGUGGCAGAGAACGUGUGUUUGAGAGUGUCUGUGGCAGGGUACGUGUGUGUGAGAGUGUCUGUGGCAGAGUACGUGUGUUUCAGAGUGUCUGUGGCAGGGUACAUGUGUAUGAGAGUGUCUGUGGCAGGGUACGUGUGUUUGAGAGUGUCUGUGACAGGGUACGUGUGUGUGAGAGUGUCUGUGGCAGGGUACGUGUGUUUCAGAGUGUCUGUGGCAGGGUACGUGUAUAUGAGAGUGUCUGUGGCAGAGUACGUGUGUUUGAGAGUGUCUGUGACAGGGUACGUGUGUGUGAGAGUGUCUGUGGCAGGGUACGUGUGUUUCAGAGUGUCUGUGGUAGGGUACGUGUGUAUGAGAGUGUCUGUGGCAGAGUACGUGUGUUUGAGAGUGUCUGUGGCAGGGUACAUGUGUGUGAGAGUGUCUGUGGCAGGGUACAUGUGUGUGAGAGUGUCUGCGGCAGAGUACGUGUGUUUGAGAGUGUCUGUGGCAGGGUACGUGUGUGUGAGAGUGUCUGUGGCAGAGUACGUGUGUUUGAGAGUGUCUGUGGCAGGGUACAUGUGUGUGAGAGUGUCUACGGCAGAGUACGUGUGUUUGAGAGUGUCUGUGGCAGGGUACGUGUGUGUGAGAGUGUCUGCGGCAGAGUACGUGUGUUUGAGAGUGUCUGUGACAGGGUACAUGUGUGUGAGAGUGUCUGCGGCAGAGUACGUGUGUAUGAGAGUGUCUGUGGCAGAGUACGUGUGUUUGAGAGUGUCUGUGACAGGGUACAUGUGUGUGAGAGUGUCUGCGGCAGAGUACGUGUGUUACAGAGUGUCUGUGGCAGGGUACAUGUGUAUGAGAGUGUCUGUGGCAGGGUACGUGUGUGUGAGAGUGUCUGUGGUAGAGUACGUGUGUUUCAGAGUGUCUGUGGCAGGGUACAUGUGUAUGAGAGUGUCUGUGGCAGGGUACGUGUGUUUGAGAGUGUCUGUGACAGGGUACGUGUGUGUGAGAGUGUCUGUGGCAGGGUACGUGUGUUUCAGAGUGUCUGUGGCAGGGUACGUGUGUAUGAGAGUGUCUGUGGCAGAGUACGUGUGUUUGAGAGUGUCUGUGGCAGGGUACAUGUGUAUGAGAGUGUCUGUGGCAGGGUACGUGUGUUUGAGAGUGUCUGUGACAGGGUACAUGUGUGUGAGAGUGUCUGUGACAGGGUACGUGUGUUUCAGAGUGUCUGUGGCAGGGUACAUGUGUAUGAGAGUGUCUGUGGCAGAGAACGUGUGUUUGAGAGUGUCUGUGGCAGGGUACGUGUGUGUGAGAGUGUCUGUGGCAGAGUACGUGUGUUUCAGAGUGUCUGUGGCAGGGUACAUGUGUGUGAGAGUGUCUACGGCAGAGUACGUGUGUUUGAGAGUGUCUGUGGCAGGGUACGUGUGUGUGAGAGUGUCUGCGGCAGAGUACAUGUGUUUGAGAGUGUCUGUGACAGGGUACAUGUGUGUGAGAGUGUCUGCGGCAGAGUACGUGUGUAUGAGAGUGUCUGUGGCAGGGUACGUGUGUGUGAGAGUGUCUGUGACAGGGUACAUGUGUGUGAGAGUGUCUGCGGCAGAGUACGUGUGUUUGAGAGUGUCUGUGACAGGGUACAUGUGUGUGAGAGUGUCUGCGGCAGAGUACGUGUGUAUGAGAGUGUCUGUGGCAGGUUACGCGUGUAUGAGAGUGUCUGCGGCAGGGUACGUGUGUGUGAGAGUGUCUGCGGCAGGAUACGUGUGUGUAAGAGUGUCUGUGGCAGGGUACGCGUCUAUGAGAGUGUCUGCGGCAGAGUACGUGUGUUUGAGAGUGUCUGCGGCAGAGUACGUGUGUUUGAGAGUGUCUGUGACAGGGUACAUGUGUGUGAGAGUGUCUGCGGCAGAGUACGUGUGUAUGAGAGUGUCUGUGACAGGGUACGUGUGUGUGAGAGUGUCUGUGGCAGGGUACGUGUGUUUCAGAGUGUCUGUGGCAGGGUACGUGUGUAUGAGAGUGUCUGUGGCAGAGUACGUGUGUUUGAGAGUGUCUGUGGCAGAGUACGUGUGUUUGAGAGUGUCUAUGGCAGGGUACGUGUGUGUGAGAGUGUCUGUGGCAGAGUACGUGUGUUUGAGAGUGUCUGUGGCAGGGUACAUGUGUGUGAGAGUGUCUACGGCAGAGUACGUGUGUUUGAGAGUGUCUGUGGCAGGGUACGUGUGUGUGAGAGUGUCUGCGGCAGAGUACGUGUGUUUGAGAGUGUCUGUGACAGGGUACAUGUGUGUGAGAGUGUCUGUGACAGGGUACAUGUGUGUGAGAGUGUCUGCGGCAGAGUACGUGUGUUUGAGAGUGUCUGUGGCAGGGUACAUGUGUGUGAGAGUGUCUGCGGCAGAGUACGUGUGUUUGAGAGUGUCUGUGGCAGGGUACGUGUGUGUGAGAGUGUCUGCGGCAGAGUACGUGUGUAUGAGAGUGUCUGUGGCAGGGUACGUGUGUGUGAGAGUGUCUGUGACAGGGUACAUGUGUGUGAGAGUGUCUGCGGCAGAGUACGUGUGUUUGAGAGUGUCUGUGACAGGGUACAUGUGUGUGAGAGUGUCUGCGGCAGAGUACGUGUGUAUGAGAGUGUCUGUGGCAGGGUACGUGUGUGUGAGAGUGUCUGAGGCAGGGUACGUGUGUGUGACAGUGUCUGUGGCAGGGUACGCGUGUGUGAGAGUGUCUGUGACAGGGUACGUGUGUGUGAGAGUGUCUGUGACAGUGUAUGUGUCUGUGAGAGUGUCUGUGACAGGGUAUGUGUC